CGCCCCGCCCCUGAUCCUCUGCAGGGCGGGGUCUGCGCUUGCGCGGAGCGGAGACAAGAUGGCGCUGACCAGGGCAACGGUGCUGCUGCGGGCGGCGGCCGGCGGCCUGCGGGGCCCGGGGCGGCCGCUGUGGGCCUGGGACACCCCCCGGCUCUGCAGCACCCAGGCAGCACCCAAGGACCCCCCCGCCCCCCCGUCCCCCUACCAGGAGCGGCCCUGGGAGUACCUGGAGAGCGAAGAGUAUCGCAUCACCUACGGCGACAAACCCGUCUGGCUGGGCUACCGCCGCAACCACAAAGGCGCCGUUCCGCCCCAGCGCACCCGCAAGGCCUGUUUGCGCAAGGGGAAGCCGGUGGGAAACCCCUGCCCCAUCUGCCGCGACCGCAACCUCCACGUGGAUUUUCGGAAUGUGAAGCUCCUGGACCAGUUCAUCUGCCCCCACUCAGGCGUCAUCUUGCACCCCACGCACACAGGGGUCUGUAUGAAGCAGCACAAGCUCCUGGCCUCGGCCAUCGCGCAGGCGCAGGACCACGGUCUCCUGUGGCUGCGGGUCCCCUACGUACCCACCCCCCGAGACGACUUCUCCAACCGACACCCGGCCGUCGGGAAAACCCCGCCAGCGCCCGCCCUGGCCCCCGGCCGCCAUUGGUACCCCUGGUACGAGUGGCAGCCUCCUCCCGCCGCCGCCGUCGCCCGCAUCCGCCGCCUCUACAAGGAUUACCUGAAGGAGGAAGCAGCCCCAGCGGUGACGGGAACUCCCCCCGACACCCCUCCAACCCCCUGUGUGGAGAACAAGGGGGAAUAAAAAGCGUUUACGGCCCCGAAUUUGGCGUUUUUCUUCU